GGAAAGGAAACGAUCAAAAUUCAAAAGGCUCUGCUGCUGCUGAGGUAGCUCAGCACGUGAUGAGCUUUUGUGACGAUGGACACAUUUGGCAGUAAGUUACAGCAGAAGGCUCUGCAGCAACCUAAGCAGAAGAAAUCCAAGUCGGCUGAAUUUCUGAUGGGAAGCGAAGAGGAAGAGACUGUGGUGGGCAUAGAAAAUCCAGCUUUCAGUGGAGGAGGAGGAAGCGCCGAGCUUUCCGAAUCUCCGAGUUGGCUGGGGAGAAAUAUGCGAGGUGACAGGCCAGAUAGCACCCUUGCAGCUCACCAAAAAAAAUUGGAGCUGCGAGCCCCUGCCAAGGAAAGAGAAAAUGAACGUGCCCAAAAUUACUUUGACCCGUCGUCUGCGGAGCAGACAGACCCAAGGCAAUGCUGGACGGCUGGGGUCAGCGCCGAAGAUGAGCUGGAAUUAAGAAUGAUGAAUGCAGGCGAGAACAGACUGUUUGAAAAAAUGGCUGCUUUGCUGGAUGAAGAUGAUACAUUUGUUGACUUACCUGCGAGAACAGCUGAGGAAGUGAUCCCCUGCUACACCCAGCAGCUGAGGGAGCGCGUGCGGCCUGACAUGAUCACGCUUGGCAGCCUUUCACUGCAGCAGCAACUUGCUCAGAAGGGAACCCAGAAAAGGAGAGAGUGGGCGAGCUGGAAGGAAAGAGCAAUGGCCUUCUUCAGUGGCAAYGUUGAGUCCAGCUUACAGAGAGACUCUGAGGAAACCCUGAGCCAACAACCGAGGCUGAACACACUGUUUCCGGGCAAAACCCUGGAAAGCCCAUCACUCAGAGUGCUUGGGGAAGGACAAGAGGAAGCGAUGACCAAACUAAACCUGAUGACGGAACUCCCAGAAUGCUUCACUUCGGCAUCACAGCCCCUGUGGCAGGAGAACCAGAGGAACGUCCCUCAGCCCGCAGAGGUGUGCGUGCGCUGUCUGAGGGCCACGAGAGACAAACUUCCUAAGGGUCUCUAUUCCGUCAGCGUGGCCCUUCACAGCCAUCUGGGGGGUCCGGCUCUAGCCUUGCACAGCAAGAAAGAGCAGCAAAUCUGGGCGGUGUCCACUGAGCCGACGGAGCACCGAGGCCGCUUCUACGACAAYACUCUGCACAUCAACCAGAGCCUGUGCAUGAGCUUACCUGCUGCCUGCGACAUCACCCCCUCUAUGGUCUUAGUAUUCCAGCUCAUCAGCCGGCACAGCAGCCACAUUAACUCUGUUCUAGCCUGGGGAGUAUUUCCUUUGUGUGGGCCAAGCCUCAGCCCAGUGCAAGGCAGGUUCAGAACUCCACUGCUCAGGGGCGAGCCCAGCACACGACUGGACCAGUUUAAGAAAAUCGAAGCGCUCAUCUCCUCCGAUCUGGACCACUGGCUGUGCAACCUGUAUUUUCAAGUAAAAAGGCUCCCACCUGGAACAUCUUCAGGACCAGAACUCUUGGUUGGACCACCUGUAUCCUCGUCUGACCCUCCUGYCACGACCAAACCUGAGGUCACCCAGGCGCCACUCCAGUCCCGCCCUCCAUCCCAGCCUCAGCUCUGUCCUCGGCCCGUUCAGCUCCUGCACGCGGGCCCUGGCUGCAGAGCGGGAGAACCCACCGCGGCACGCUCUCACCAGGGUUCAGCUGUUCACCUGUCAGCUGAUUCCGCCUGCUCUUCCUCAUCUCUGCCAGGGAAGCAUCACUCCCCAGAAGCCUGUUCUGGAAAAGUUGGAGAGAAGAGUGAUCCAUGUGAGGAGAAAGCAGAGGAGGCCAUUCUCUUCAAGGAGAAGCCAAUCAAGAAGACAAAUAGCUGCGGCCCCAGCGUGAGCGGCAGAAGUGCGCCGCCUCUGCAGGCAGACAAACAGAGGAUGCACGCUUCAGUGGGAAACCUCUCCACGGAGGAGAUGGAGGGGUACACGUUUGUCUUACAAUCAGCCAGACCCGGUUCCUGUCCCCCACGACUGUCGAAUCGAGUCCGCCUGGCCCUCCGCAUGCUGCCAUCUGAGCUGGGCCUGCCGUUGCUGUGGCAACAACAACAACAACAACUUCCUGGUAGCUGGCAUGACUCCGUUCAGCAGCUCGGCCUCAUUAUGCUGCUCCUUGCUUUGAUGUGGUUUGUGAGGCUUUACCUGCAUUACUGCUGCCAGUGGCUCUACCUCCAGGCCAUUGCAGUUCCUGUCAACAAGUUCCACUUCCACGUGCACACUGUGGACCUCGUCUACCAGAGCUCUUUGCUCCACACCCAAGAGGAGCUGGCGAUGGUGAUGGUGGGUCCCCUGACCUUGAACGCAGUAACGUUCCUGCUGGUUCUGAUCAGAUGGGGCUGUCAACUGAUAUUUGGCUCACUCCCUUCCUUCAUGUCAAAUUUUAUCACGGCUCAGGGAGUGUGGACAGUCCUCGACCCCCUGGCAGUCUUUGCUGUGGAUGCCGUCCUCGGGCGUCUCGCCUACUCCCCCGAUGCGCCAGUGGGUGAUGCAGCCAAGCUUUACUGGCACUUCUACCGAGUCGACCAAUCAGGUGCAGCAGGCAUCAUCAUCACACUGUUCCUAUACUCAGUCCACCUCCUGCUUUCCAUCACUAUACUCGCAGUGUACCUGCUCAGAUUCCACAAUGAUGGUCGCAUGCUGGACAUCUUUCAGCGACUCACAGCCACGGAAGGCGUGUACUUCCUGCCUCAAGACCUGGAACUGUCCAAUCAGGAACUAAGCUACAUCGUCAAGAAAGCAGAGCAGUGGAGAGGCUUCAAUGGGGAGAGGCGAAAGGUGGCUGUUUACGACUACAUCUGGACUUCAGAGGACCCCCCAAUGGACUCUGCAGCCCCUGAUGAUGAGCCCCAGAGUGAGGGUGCCCCUCCAGCUGAGGGUGAAACCCACAUCGUAAUCUACACCCUGUACCUGAGUGGACUGAAGCAGAAAUACAGACACUUCCUACGACAACCGGAUGGAGCUAUCACUGAGGUGACUGGAGAAUCAGAGGAGGCUGACCAUGGAAGCAAGGGGAUACCCUGCCCAGGUCCAAGCUCUGCUCAUCAGAGAGAAGACAAGGAAGAUGAGAGGGCUUCACUCCCGCUACGGAAACGGAAGAAACGGUUUGGUCGGACUCAUCGCAUUGAGCCCGUUGUAGGRAGUGGGAGUGGCUCUGGUUUCGAACUGCAAGACCUCAAUCAAUGAUAAUUAAAUAAAGUAAGUCUUUUACUAGUCAAAACAAAGUUUCAAACAUGUAAAUAUCUCCAGUAUUCUUAUGUUUAAGAAUUGAUAACCCAAUAAAAGUGUGUUUAGGUUAGUAUGUCAUAUUUACAUAAACAAAUCCCUGCCAGCUUGACUGAUCCGACAGUAAACAACUUUAGUUGUGCAGCACGUUCUAAUGUUUUCUUCUUGAGAUGCACUGAAAACAUAACCAGGGCGUGUGAACUGACAAGCCAUUUGUGAUGUAAUAAACUCAAUAAACACUUUUGCAACUCCUUAAUGAAUGCAGGUUGUCAGCUGUCCCACCGCCCGGGCACAAUGAAAU